CAGAACACUUGUUCCUCGCGAGUUAGUCGCCUUGCGAGUUAAAAUGUGGCUUUGGAUACUGGUUGCGGCUUCGUUCGGAGGCUGUGCCGUGCUAGGAAAUGUUGCCCCACACCGCGGUGAAUCGUUGCUGAUGCCCGACGAGCGUACCAGCCUGGACGACUGCCACGUUCGGUUCUACAAAUUUUACCUAUCCGGCCAAGGCGGUAUCGGCGGACGUCCAGCCCGCCUCAACGAGUUUGCCCACAUGGGGGCGAUCGGGUGGGCCCAACCGGACGGCGAAGUGGCCUGGAAGUGCGGCGGCUCGUUGAUUUGGGACAACUUUGUCCUGACGGCGGCGCACUGUGCCGUCGACGAGAGAAAUCUUCGACCGGAUGUGGUUCGUUUUGGCGAUUUGAACAUCUUCAGUCCGGAGGGAGAUGAAACUGCGCAGCAGAUCAAGAUCGCUGAGGUGAUUCGACAUCCGGAGCAUCGAUUCUCUGCCAACUAUCACGAUGUGGCGCUGCUCAGACUGGAGCGCAAUGUUUCGAUCAAUAAAGCUGUAGUUCCAGCUUGUCUGUGGCCCCAUCAGGAAGUGCGCUUCAAGCGUAUGCAUGCCGUUGGAUGGGGUCAGGUUGGAUUUGGAGAAAAGCAAACUCCGGAAUUGCUAAAGAUGGAGUUGUCACCUGUCCCAAGUUCAGAUUGUGAAAAAGUAUUCAACAAUGAAACCAUUCGGAAGUUGCGCUUCGGACUUCAAGAGCAACACAUCUGUGCCUCUGACAAAGUUGCAGACACUUGUCAGGGCGAUUCCGGGGGACCACUCCAAGUCAAGCUUAUGCACAACAUCCGCGAGACUCCGUUCAUCGUCGGAGUAACCUCGUUCGGGUUGCCAUGCUCUCCGGAUAAUCCAGGCGUGUACACCCGGGUAGCCCCCUACCUGGACUGGAUCGUGGCCACCAUGAAGAAGAGUGGCGCUCCCGUUGACCAGCAAACGUUCAACACGACCACGUGUGCCCAUCGGUACGUCAAGCUGCGGGAUUAUUACGAUGCGAUUGUUACCAAGCGGAACGGUUCGCAUAGUGAAAUCGAUGCUUUUCGGCAACAUUUAAUAACCCGGCAAAGGUUGCCUCCGUUUGUGGCCAAACUGGGCUGGGGAAACGGAACUGAGGCGAACGAAAACUGCUACGGAGUAAUCGUGGACGAGGAUACCGUACUGACGGUGGCGGAUUGUACGGAGUUUAAGGGAAAACAAGUCAGCCAAAUUGUUCACCAAGAGAGAGUUGAAAUAUCAAGCGUACAUGUUCAUCCUCGGUAUAAAAAAGGCACCAGUUAUUACAACAUUGCAAUUUUGAAGCUUAAAACGUUUCUAAACUUUCAAUGGGGCACACAACCGAGUUGCAUUUGGCACGGCACGGAACUCCCACGAAAGCAAUUUGAAACGCUUGGUUUUGGACGAACCGAUCUCGUGGACGCACUUUACGAAGGAAAUGAGCUGGAAUCAAAUCCCCGAACCAGUCCGUUAAUCUCCCGGAUAUCCGCGCGCAACGAAUCGUCCUGCCGAAUUUCUAAAGCCCACCUGUCCCGCAUGAGGCACGGCCUAGCGCGGGAGCACGUUUGCGCCGGUAACGAUUUCUUCCUGGUUCCCGAGAUGUGCCAGCUCCCGGCCGGGGCACCACUGCACUCUUCGGUCGUUAUCCAAAGCGAAUCGUACGACACAACCUUCGCGUUGACUCAGUUUGGCCGGGACUGUGGCUACGGCGAGCACCUGAUUGCGACCCGCCUGUUUAGCCACGUGGACUGGCUAAAGUCGGUGCUGUUGCCAGAGGGUGGGGGUUUCGCCGGCGGAGCGGUUCAAUUUUUGGACCCGGAUCGGUUCGAGGGAGAUCGCUGCCGCGUUGAGGUGGACGGUGACGGACGGUGCGUUCCACUGGGGCAGUGCUUUUUUAGUGGGAAGGAGUUUGCGCAGCAGAAGGUGGUGAAAUUUUGUUCCAACACUAGGGUGGUUUGUUGUUUGAUGGAUAGGAUCGAGGAGAUCAAGCAGGAAUUACGGAGGACGGAGUUGGACGAGUGUCCUGCACUUGUGAGGAGCUUGAAACCUCAGUAUCUGACUACUUUGGUGACUUUUGGCUGGAGAAACGCAACUUCAUACAAUUAUCGGUGCUUAGGAUCUAUCAUAACUCGUCACAUGGUCAUAACCACCCGAAGUUGUUUGGAGGGUGGAAAACCGGACGUGGUGAUAAUAAACGAAAAAAUCAAUAUGUUCCCAGUUGGUGAUGUCCGGUUUCAUGACUCGUACAACGCUACCGAUAGUAGCUUCGACAUAGCACUGGUCGAAGUGUCCAAACCGUUCACCUGGACUCCGUACGUAUUCCCAAACUGUUUGUGGACGAACAAAACGCACACUCCGUUGGUAAUGAGGAGAAUUUACGUCAGCGAUAAAGACAAUAUCACCAUGGAACACGUGGUUUCCAAGUACAAUUCGGACUGCCAGCGGCAACACCCGACCCAGCUGCGCCGAUCGAAGCUAUGUGUGAAACGUCCUUCCACGGCGGAUGAAGGGGCCAUGUGUAGCAACUCCGGCGAUGUGUUGCUGUCGCAGGCGCCGGACUACGUCACGUAUCUGGUUGGGCUGGGACUGCGUGAGCAGCAGUGCGAACGCUGGGACUACGGAACGUAUACCCGGAUGUCGGCACUGGUUGGCUGGAUCAAGAGUCAUGUUACGGGGUGAUUGCGGUGGUUGCAUUUGCUCAAUAAAUUGUGAGUUAAAA